UCCGCCCGUCCUCCCGGCCCGGCCCCAGCGCGCCGCGGUCCCGCCGAGAUGCUGCCCCUCUCCAUCAAGGACGAUGAGUAUAAGCCGCCUAGGCUCAACCUGCUCAGGAAGGUGUCGGGCUGGUUCAGGUCCAUCCUGGCGGACAAGACCUCCCGCAACCUCUUCUCCUUCCUCUGCCUCAACCUCUCCUUUGCCUUCGUGGAGCUGCUCUACGGCAUCUGGAGUAACAGUUUAGGUCUUAUAUCAGAUUCUUUUCAUAUGUUUUUUGACUGUACUGCUCUAUUGGCUGGAUUAGCAGCUUCAGUUAUUUCAAAAUGGAGGUCAAACGAUGCUUUCUCAUAUGGGUAUGUUCGAGCAGAAGUACUUGCUGGUUUUGUAAAUGGUUUAUUCCUCAUCUUUACAGCGUUCUUCAUUUUUUCUGAAGGCGUUGAGAGAGCACUUGAGCCUCCUGAUGUGCAUCAUGAGAGACUUCUUCCUGUUUCUAUACUAGGAUUCAUUGUAAAUCUUAUAGGAAUAUUUGUUUUUCAGCAUGGAGGUCACGGGCAUUCACAUGGAGCUGGGCAUGAACACAGUCAUUCUCUGUUUAAUGGUGGUCUCGGACAUGGGCACAGCCACGGAGGUCAUGGGCACAGCCAUGAACAGAAGCAUGCCCAUGGACACAGUCAUGGGCACGGCCAUGGGCACUCUCAUGGUCAGGAUUAUUGUCAUGAUGACCAUUCUCUUGAAGCAGUGGCUGGAUCCAGCAAACAGAUUUUACAAGGUGUAUUUCUGCACAUUGUGGCAGACACGCUCGGAAGUAUUGGUGUGAUCAUAUCUGCUAUAUUGAUGCAGAACUAUGGUCUAAUGAUAGCAGAUCCUAUUUGUUCAAUGCUGAUAGCACUACUUAUAGGUGUAAGUAUUGUUCCACUUUUAAAAGAAUCCAUUGGGAUUUUGAUGCAGCGAACUCCUCCUUCCUUGGAAAAUGCCCUGCCUCAGUGCUACCAGAGGGUGCAGCAGUUGCAAGGAGUUUACAGUUUACAUGAUCCACAUUUCUGGACCCUCUGUACUGAUGUUUACAUAGGGACUUUGAAAUUAUUAGUAGCUCCUGAUGCUGAUGGAAGGUGGAUUCUAAGCCAGACUCACAAUAUUUUUACUCAGGCGGGAGUAAGACAGCUUUACAUACAGAUUGAUGUUGCAGCCAUGUAGUGAAUUUCUGGAAUUGUGCUGUUGGACCAAAGUUUUCAGUACUGUACUGGUACAACAACCUACUUCUCGAGACAGAGCCUGCCUCCACCACUGUUCUGGAAUCGACUGAAUAGAUUUCUGCCCUUGGGCUAUGGGUGGAGUUCACUUCCAAGGAGUAAAUAUUGAAUGAAUGUUAUGGACGUUGGGUCUUGGUUUUUUUGGGGCCCCCAAACUUGUAAGUUUUUGAGGGGUUUUUACUUAAUAAGAUUGCGGUACUGGAAACCCUGUCAUGUCUUCAGUAAAGCUGCUGAAACCACUGCUCAUUCCCAUAAAACCAGUGUUAUUGACAAUUGGAAACUUGUUUUGUAGAUGAUGUCACAAUGGUUGACAUGCUUCAAUAUAAUUGUAUGUUUGUACAAUUGUUUGUACUUUGCAAACUUAAUGAACCAAACCAUAUUGGGUUUUCAAAGUGCCUUUUAUAUCAGGAGAGCUAUUUGCCAGCAUAAAUAUGGAGCAUCAAAGGGUUUUAUUACUUUUACAAAUAAUCUUGUAUGCAGUCUGAUUAUUUACUAGUGAUGUAUAUGGGGGGGUUGUGUACUUGCAUAACUGUAGAUGUUAGACUUCCAUUAUACUUGCAUCUUACCAGACAGAAGAAUUCUAAAUGUAAAAGACAAAGCUGUUGUGAAGAGACUUGCUUCCAAAACAAGCUGGGUAUUUUGUUGCACAUGUCUUGUGAAAAUUAUUUUAGUCAAAAUAUUAAGAUUUAACUCCAAUUCUUAGUCUCUUCAUACUGUUGAAAGUAACGAGACACUACAUGAUGCUACUCAUUUUUAUAGUCACUUAAGCAACAGACAGCUGAGGGAAGAUGCUGGUGAUGGAAGCAAUGCUUGAAGUUUUAUAUUUUCCAAAUCCUGGUGGAAAAAACUAAAUCUCGAAAUUGUUUGUGAAAGCUUAAAUCUCCUUGAUUUUAAUAGGUUGUAAUAAUUUUUAUUAAAGUGAUUGGUGAGAUAA